AUGAAGCCAUCUGAAACAAAGUCUGCACCAACAACCAAAACAGAAUCUGGAAAAAACAUGCAGUCAACCAAGCCAACAGACUCUCAAAAUAAACAGCCAUCUGAAGAGAGGCAAAAGGAACCCAGUGGUACAAAAAGCCAAACCUCACCUUCUGUGACAACAACUUCUAAACCAAAUAAUACAGGAAUAGUAACUACAACUCAAGCUGACCAGCCUCCACAACCGACCUCCAUAGAGACAGCAAAGCCUAAGUCUGAGAAGAUGUCCACAGCGGCUGGUGCAGGCAAAGCUGGUGCAGGUGCAGCCAGUGCAACUGUGGUUACUGCAGCUGAUAAGUCAAGUACUGAGCCUGGUAUGGAUGAGUCGGCACUAGACAGCCUAAUAGAUACCCUAGGUGGACCUGAAGAUGAUGUGCCUACUAGUCCUGUUUACGCUGGUCCAGAAGUUACGGAAGAUAUAUCUUCAAGAUACUUGGAAGAAAUGGGUAAACGGGAAGGUAGUCUCCCUCCAGAGUAUGUUAAAUUGUUGAAGAGCAAAGGGGAUGGCAAAGAUGGAGUCCCACCAAAAGCAGAUGAACGAGAUGAAAAACCAAUGACAGAUGAUGAGCUUGCAGAGGCCCUGUCAUCUGAUUUUACCUGUACUACUGCUGCUGCUGAAGAAAAGAAGAGACUGACAGAGAAACCAAGCAAGGAAGGAGAAAUUGUGCAAGCACAAGCAGCCAGUUCAGUCAAGACCUCAAUUCCUCCUAAGGAGAAGAAAACAAAGUCAAAAGAGGAAAUAAAAGAUGAUGCAGUGGAAGCUCUUCUUGAUACUCUUGGUGGACCUGAACCUGAACCUGAAGAAGAUCUUAGCCCUGUUGUAGAGGUGUCAGAGGCAAAAGCUAAAGAGAAAAAAGAAGAAAAGGCUGGAGAACGUGAUGAUACGAUACCUCCAGAAUACAGGUUAACACCAGAGUUGGAUAAAGAUGGAAAACCAAUAUUGCCAAAGCCUGAAGAAAAACCUAAGCCUUUGAGUGAAUCCGAUCUUGUUGAUGAAUUUUCAAAAGACUUUGCCUGCCCUGCACAGCCUGCAGUACAAUCCAAACCAUCGAAGCCCAGCAGCACAUCCAAAAAGCCUUUGGAUCCUGCAUCUGGAAAAACUACUGAGGAUGAAGUAGUCCCUCGUGCCACAGCUUGUACUGUGCAGUCUUCAGCUCCAUCAGCUGUGUCUUCAGUUGGUCAUGUGGCAGAUGAAGCACUGGAAGCCUUGUCCAGUAGCCUAGGAAAGAGGGAGCCUGAUCCAGAUGAAAAGAAACCUGCUGUGGACAAAGUUAAGGAGAAAACCACACAGGAAGAACGCAAAAAACUGGGUGAAGAUGAAGAAACAAUUCCUCCAGAGUACAGAUUAACAGAAGCAAAAGAUAAAGAUGGAAAACCACUCUUGCCAAAACCUGAAGAAAAGUCCCAGCCUAUGAGUGAAAAUGAACUUUUAGAGGGUUUGACAGAAGGAUUUUCCUGUUCUCCAUCCCCAUCUGCACCAUUACCUACACCAUCUGUAAUAAAGAAAACCCAGGAGGAUAAAAAGCCUGCAGAUUCCUCAGAUGUUAUCUCUGCUGUUACAGUUUCUUCAGUGCACUCAGCAGCUCCUCUAGCUUCUACCUCAGGAGGAAAAGAGAUGGAUGAAGCCUUGGAUCUCCUGUCUGAUUCCCUGGGACAGAGGGACCCCGACCCUGAUGAGGACAAACCAGUUGUGGAUAAAGUAAAGGAAAAGGCUAAAUCUGAACACAGGGACAAACUUGGAGAAAGAGAUGAUACUAUCCCACCUGACUAUCGAAAACUUCUGGAGUCAGGUGAGCAGGGUAAACCAGUAAAGCCAAGAGCAAAGGACGAUGUCAAACACAAAGAACAAAAGAAGCCUACAGAUGACUCUGCAGCUAUCGAUGCCCUAUCAGGUGACUUUGAUACUUGUGCAAAGGCUCCUGCCACACCGCAGCACGCAAAGUGUAGGACAAAAGUGGAAAGGAAACCACCACCACUAAACCAAGCCCAAAGGAUAAAGGAAAACCCAAAGACUCUAAAACGGCAAAGGGACAGUCCUCCAGCAGCAAAUCUGAGAAGCAGAAAGCAAGCUAAACGUUAA